GCUUGCAGGUCCGGUGAAGGGGCCCGUGGACUCGGGAGGGAGUGCGGCUCGAGGCGGGUUCGUGCGGGGGAAGCUUGGCCGUGUCCAGGUCACCAUGGGCACUGGAAGGAUGGCCACCCAGCCGCUGACCAAGAAGGCCCUGGGGUCGGUGGCGUUCAGGGAUGUGAUUGUGGACUUCACCCCGGAGGAGUGGCAGCAGCUGAAGCCUGCGCAGAAGGACCUGUACAGGGACGUAAUGAUGGAGACCUACUGGAACCUGGUGUCGCUGGACUUGGAGACUAGACCCGACAUGAAACAGUCGGACCCGCAGGAGGAUGACUGGGGAGACAGACCAUCCGCUGCAGUGGUUGCAGAAGAACCCACGAGUAAUGGUGCCCAGGGUUGCACGUGGGAAGGAGCAGGGACACAGGGUGACCAGGCGGGGCAACAACAGGGGAGCCCAGGGACCUGUCUGGGGCAUUUGGACAUGUCUCAGGCAUUAGCCCCUGAACGUUGUGAAUUUAAGGCAUUCGUCCGCCAAAGCCUCAUACCGGCCCCUGCGAAAUUGGAGGGACAGAGAGGAUCAGGGAAGCACCCGUUCAGCAUGUGCUGGAAGGACUCAGGUACUUCAAGCCUCAGUCCUUCCUCCCAACUCCGUGCAGAGAGGAAGCCCUAUAAAUGCGGAGAGUGUGGCAAGGCUUUCAGCUAUAACUCAUCCUUGAAGGAGCACCAACGAAUGCACACUGGGGAGAACCCUUUCUCGUGUGCCACGUGCGAUAAGCAUUUCAUCCGGCGGUCUUACCUCGCCACCCACCAGCGCCUACACACUGGGGAGAAGCCUUAUGCAUGCGGGGACUGUGGCAAGGCCUUCAGCCAGAAGGCGCACCUCAUUCAGCACCAGAGGACGCACACCGGUGAGAAGCCUUAUGCAUGUGGGGAUUGCGGCAAGGCCUUCAUGCACAACAGGAGCCUCAUUGUCCAUCAGAGGACGCACACUGGGGAGAAACCAUUUGUGUGCAGGGACUGCAGCAAGGCCUUCAGCCGGCAGGAUUACCUCAAAUCACACCAGAGGACACACACUGGGGAGAAGCUGUACACGUGCAGGGACUGCGGCAAGGCCUUCAGACAUAAAGGCAGUCUUAACCUACACCAGAGGACUGACACCGGGGUGAAGGCCUACGUGUGCAGUACCUGUGGCAAGGCCUUCACCCGCAACACAAGCCUCAUCACGCAUCAGAGGAUGCACACUGGGGAGAAGCCGUAUGCAUGCAAAGACUGCGAAAAGGCCUUCAGCCGGAUUGAGCACCUCAUGGUGCAUCAGAGGACGCACACCGGUGAGAAACCAUACAUGUGUCGCCAGUGUGGGAAGGACUUCACAAAAAACUACUCGCUCUUGGAACACCAGCGCAUGCACACCGGGGAGAAGCCCUACACGUGUGCCCAGUGCGGCAAGGCCUUCAGGCAAAACUUCUCGCUCAGGGAGCACCAGCAUGUGCACACCGGGGAGAAGCCCUACACGUGUACCCAGUGCGGCAAGGCCUUCCGGCAAAAUUCCUCGCUCAGGGACCACCGGCGUGUGCACACUGGGGAGAAGCCCUACAACUGCAGCCAGUGCGGCAAGUUCUUUAGCCUCAAAUCCUCUCUCUGGAAGCACCAGCGCUUGCACACCGGGGAGAAGCCCUACAAGUGUGCCCAGUGUGACAAGGCCUUCAGGCAAAACUUCUCGCUUAGGGAGCAUGAGCGUGUGCACAGCGGGGAGAAACCCUACAAGUGUGGCCAGUGUGACAAGGCCUUCAGGCAAAAUUCCUCGCUCAGGGACCACCAGAGUGUGCACAGUGGGGAGAAGCCCUACAGCUGCAGCCAGUGCAGCAAGCUCUUUAACCUCAAAUCCUCUCUCAGGAAGCACCAGCGCUUGCACACCGGGGAGUAGCCCUACCAGUGCUCCAUCUCCAGAGGCCCCAGAGGAGGAUACACAUGUAGCAGAGGGGCCAGAAAUCUCAGAAUUCGCACCCAACUGGCAGGUCUUGAGUCCAUGGGUCAGUAUCAGACUUGACAUUGAGCCCACAGGUAGGGGGCAAGAGAAGUCCUACCCAGAUGGGUCAUCGGGGGCCCCGGGGACAGGCCACACCAUGCUUACCUUUGCUUCCGCAGCCUCAGCAGGGCCAUGUGGAAAGCAAGUCCCCCUCCAGGUCCUGUAUCUGGAAGCAUGGCCUGGGGUGCUAUGGCUCCUCACCUGGCUGGAUGAUGAGUAUGCCGGGGAUGUGGCGGGACCUUUCGCCAGAAGGUGCACAUGAUCCAGCACCAGAGGACACACCCUGGGGAGAACCUUUUGUGUGCAGGGACUGCCGCAAGGCUUCCGACAGAAAGGGAACCUCAGAGAGCACCAGAGGAUGCACAUCAGGGAGAAGCCAUACACGUGCAGGGACUGCAGAAAGGCCUUCAGCCAAAACUCCUCGCUCAGG